AUGAGCCGCGUGUCCAAGUUACGGCUCUUCAUUGGCUUGAUCGUUUUGUCUACAUUGUACUAUUUCAUUUUCCAUGAUGUGAACAGAUCAGAUGCAGCCACAAGGACCAUUGAAAUGCCAGUGUUGCUGCGAGAGCUUUGCCAGUCACCUUUACACGGUGAUUUGGUGAGCGCAACUGAAGGCAAAAGUGCGAAUGUUGGCCUGAGUGAGUGCACUCCGUAUCGUGAAGUGGAUCGUCGCUCGUUUGCCAAAUAUGUGCAGUUGUUGAAAUCUGAACAUUUUCGGAAUUUCAUCGCAAUUCCCGCUGAAAUGAACACCAAAUUGCGUUGGUCACCGUCGUCGACUCGAUGCACACCACGCGAAAUGACCGCAGAAGGAGCGUUGCAGCAUCUGAAGUUGGGCAAUUUCUUGAGGAAACGUUACAGCAGAUCUGGUUGGCUGCAACAAACAAAGAGGAAAUUGGAUGUACAAGUGAUCGCCACACCAUACUCAAGAACAUUCCAAUCAGCCAUCGCUUUUCUGACAUCGUUUUUGUAUCCACUGAAUAAAUAUUUCGGCAAAAUCGCUAUAAACCUCUCAAAAAUGACACAUUUUUGUAUGAACGAUCAAUGCAAAUGCACUAAUGUUAUCAAAUUACAUCGACAAUACGAAACGGAGCGAACACCAUUCUUUGAAUCGCAUUUCGGCCCAAAAGCCCGUCGGAUUUUCGAACUAUUCAAAUAUGUUUACAAUAUAUCGGACGUAUCGGAUCCGAUUCAUCUGAUGGAUAUCGCAUUAGGUCGUCAUGUAUGCAGACGUAUGCCACUGCCGUGUCGUGGUGGAAUCUGCAUCACCUAUGAUGACGUUGUUAAGGUAGUAGUUAUCCUUGUGAUGAUUUUUAUAGUAAUAGAUUUUAUAUCAAACUUAAUGAGAGCCAUUAAAUUUACUAUAAUAUUACCACUAUUUUUUUAA